AUGAGUGGCUUGGAAGAUCUUCGAGCCAAGUACGAGGCUGCCGGGCAGUCACAUGUUUUUACAUACUGGGACCAACUUUCAGCUGAUGAGAAAGCGGCCUUCGAAAGGCAACUUCGCGGCAUCGAUCCUGCGCGUCUGAAUGCCAUGGUGAAGCAAGCGUUAGACGCCGAUGAGGCCGCACGACACGAGCAGAAUGCCAAAGUAGAACCACCACCAACUGAGAGCCAAGUUUCUACUGUUGGAGAUGAAGCGAAGUCAAAUUACUUUUACGAGAUUGGCAUGAAAGCGAUUGCCGCAGGUCAAGUCGGUGUGCUCCUCCUCGCUGGUGGUCAAGGCACCCGUCUUGGCUCGUCCGCUCCCAAGGGCUGCUAUAACAUCCAGCUUCCUAGCGGAAAGAGCCUUUUCCAAAUCCAAGCAGAGAGGAUUGCAAAGUUGCAGGAACUUGCGGCCAUUUACGGACGUAAGACUAGCGUUGUGGUGCCAUGGUACAUCAUGACCUCGGGUCCCACACGCGAACCGACAGAGUCAUUUUUCCGCGAGCAUGGGUUCUUUGGCCUUGACCCGGCUAAUGUUGUAUUCUUCGAACAGGGCACUCUGCCAUGCAUUUCGAAUGAAGGUAAAAUUAUGCUGGAUGAACGCGGCAAGGUCGCUACAGCACCGGACGGAAAUGGUGGGUUGUAUGCCGCACUUCGUGUCCCCGUGAAAGAUGGCGAACCAUCUGUUCUUGACGACCUGCAGCGCCGCGGAAUCAAGUACUUGCACGCAUACGGUGUGGAUAACUGCCUUGUGAAGGUUGGUGACCCUGUCUUUAUGGGUGUGUGUGUGGAUAAGAAUGUCGCAACCGGUGUGAAGGUGGUGAAGAAAACGGACCCAGCUGAGUCGGUCGGUGUUGUGGCGCGCAAAAAUGGCGCUUUCAGUGUGGUAGAAUACUCCGAGAUUCCCCCCUCUUUGAGUGAGGCGCGUGAUUCCAAUGGAGAGCUUCUUUUCCGUGCCGCCAACAUUGCCAAUCACUUUUACACAACAGACUUUCUUAUGAAAGAUGUACCAGCCUUUGAAUCUAAAAUGGCGUAUCACAUUGCCCGAAAGAAAAUUCCAUCGAUUGAUCUCUCAUCGGGUGAGCGUGUGAAGCCAUCGACACCGAACGGCAUUAAAAUGGAGCUCUUUAUUUUCGACGUUUUCCCAUUCUGUGCCGACCUAGCAAUCCAUGAAGUUGAGCGCAAAGAAGAAUUCAGUCCACUCAAGAAUGCCAGCGGUACUGCCUCUGACAACCCAGAGACUUCGCGUCGCGAUUUGCUUGCACAACAGCGCCGCUGGCUUGAAAAGGCUGGUGCGACUGUCACUAGUGGGGCAGACGUCGAACUGAGUCCAAAGGUAACGUACGGGGGCGAGGGUCUGCAGAACGUCGCUGGUCGUACAUUUGAUCAAACUAAGAACAUCGAGUCGCUCUAA